CAGCAGGGAUACACACGCUGACUAGGCCACCUUCCCCACUGUCUCCACCAUGAAGCUGCUUGCAAUGACUGUGCUGCUCCUGACCAUCUGUAGCCUUGAAGGGGCUUUGGUGCGGAGACAGGCGGAGGAGCAGAGUCUGCAGAGACUGGUCGCUCAGUACUUCCAGACGGUGACCGACUAUGGCAAGGACUUGGUGGAGAAGGCCAAGGGCCCAGAGCUCCAGGCCCAGGCAAAGGCUUACUUCGAGAAGACACAGGAGCAGCUCACGCCCCUGGUCAAGAAGGCUGGAACGGAUCUGAUUAACUUCUUGAGCAAUUUCAUGGACCUCAAAACACAGCCUGCCACCCAAUGAGGCGUCCAGACCAUUGUCCUCCAUUCCCAACUGGGCCCUGGAACAGCCACUGGCCAGGCCUAGAGCCCUCUCCCAACCCACCCCUUGUUUUCUACAAUAAAUAUCGAAGGAGUCA